GCUGAGAAUCAGCGUCACGUUAGUUAGAAUCUGUGCCUAUGUUUGCUGUGGAAGUGUCCGGAUGGAGCUACAGACCCAUAGACGAACAGAAAAUGAAAUUGAUACUUGGUUUCCAUGGUAAAAGGUUCAUGCCCAUGCACACACCAUGAGCAUCAUGGCAGAUAAGGUUGAUGAGGUGACACUUGCCAGAGGUGUGGAGAGAGACUGUGAUUGGUCGCCAGCAUUUUCUGGAGAAUUUCUUACCAGUGUCAUAUGCUUAUGGAAUGUGAAAGACGCUGGUCACCAUGAAACCGCUCGAGGCAAUAAGAUGUACGACGCCGGGGUGCAGCUGCGAGUGUUUCCUGCCCUCCAAGCCAUGCCUCCGUUCUUGUGAGUCUUGCAAACACGGAUGGGUCGCGCAUGCCCUGGACAAGCUGGGGUACAGACACUUGUUCAAUGCAGGCCUGCAGGUGGAGAUCGUUCAGCCAAACAUUGUCUUUGACAUCGCCUCUCUCAUGCUGUAUGGGGCGCAGGCCACGCCCAUACGCCUCAAAAUACUUCUGGACAGACUGUUCAGUGUUCUACAACACGAGGAGGUGCUUCAGGUUCUACACGGUUUUGGCUGGACGUACGAGGACUAUGCGCGUGGAUACAUUCUGCAGGAGGCCUCUGGGCGUGUAUUAGACAAGUGGAUCUGUGCUACUCGCGAUGAGGAAUUCGUGAUUAUGCAACAAUUUUUGCGAUUUGGGGAAACAAAGUCCAUUGCCCAAGAGAUCAUUCUACAAGACACAAAAGAAAGACAGGACAUUUUCCUUAAGCAGACCACAAGAAAUGAUUCAGAAAUCAAGAAAUUCAUUGAACGAAGCAACCUAUCUAUGCAAAACCUGAUACGUCCAUUUGAUGUCCGCCAGAUUUUUGGCGCCCGUCUGCCAUAUCUCUCUCCAACAGGAAAUAGGUUACCGGUAUUGAGCCCCCCUCUGGGCUUUUCAACCCCAACCUCAGCAGCACGGGAUCUUCGUCCUCCCCUGAUAUCGGUCAGUUCAACCAGUCCAGUGACCACCUCACCACUGGGCCGCCUACAGACCAUGCAGCCCUUUGACUUCAGGAGGGAGGCUGUAAGCCCCUCAGCUCUUAGUCCGGGAGAGAAACCGUCCACAGUUAUCUCCCCUAAGAGCGAGAGCCCUCACAAUUUAAGUCUUACCUCCACGUCUGCACAGUCCACCCCACCCCACACUCCAUACACACCCCAGAAGCACUUAGACAUGGAUAUGUCAGCUCACGUUCCCACCAUGCCAACUUCGCUGUCUCUCACUGCACCCACUAUGAUGCUACCGACCCUUCAGAGACACGGGCACAAUGAUGACGGAGUGUUGAAUUUCUCCAUGAAAGAGGACCAAGACAGCUCAUUGUAUCUCGACAGAAAGAACAAACACUUGCGCAAGUCAUCAAAUCCGAUCAAACGUAACUGGAUCCCCGAUUCGACCUUCGGAUCAUCAAUGAUAGGACCAAAUGGAAAGAAGCGAGUGUUAUGCUCGGCAUGUAACAAGACAUUCUGUGACAAGGGGGCUCUGAAAAUCCACUACAGUGCUGUACAUUUGAAGGAGAUGCACAAGUGCUCAGUUGAAGGCUGCACGAUGAUGUUCAGUUCAAGGAGAAGCCGUAAUCGCCACAGCGCAAACCCCAAUCCUAAACUUCAUAUGCCACAAAAGCGACCAAAAAUUCCAGAAGGGGCCAGACUAGUUGAUGAUGGAACAAGCCAUUCCAGCAAAAGAGCUAUAUCAUCUCCGCCCUCAGUUCUGAUGGCAAAUGCCAUGGUAACGGGUAGUCCAGGGGGUCUUGGAGAGAGUCCCAAACAACGGCCAUUUUACAAUGACCCAAACAUAACUAUGCCUGUCUUUCCAACUGCAGCAAAACGCCUGAAACUUGAGGAUUUAGAUGAUGGGCCGAAAGAUUUGAGUGUGUCGUUUGCCAAAAGAGAAACAAGCCCAGGCAAUGCUAGUCUUAAUCUUGUUCCUGAUCACAUGCUUGAGGAGUAUCAGCAUGCCUUAAAGUGUGGCAUCUCAGAUGAGCAAGACUCCUCAGACAAUAGCAGGUCAGAAGCCUCUGGAAGCCAUGGUCAACCACGGUCCCAGAGCCGCAGAAAGAACACACCCAUUCGGCUCUCACACCAAGUACAUCACUACAGAAAUGAAGAUGGUACCAGGAAAAAUGGCAAUGAAUAUAACAAUCAUAUUGAAAGUAAAAAGGAUGUUGAAGACGAAAACUCAAUGGCUAAAGGUGGAGCAGAAGUUGGCAGUGAACUCUCUGAUGAUGAAGACAGAGGUCUUGAAAGGAGUGACAACAAGCUUGUGAUUGAUGAUGAUGAUGAUGAUGAUGAUAAUAUUGAUGGUGACGAUGAGGAUGAUGACGAUAUAGACAGGACAGAUACGGGUGAAGUUUUGGACUUUGCCAUGCACAUGCCUGAGGGGAUGGACCCAGAGCAGUUUUCAGCCACAUCACAUGAAUCAGAUGAAGAGUCAAAUGAAUCUACAGAUAUGUCAAAGCAGACUGAACAUCUGUCAGACUUUGAAAUUCCUCUCAAUAUUGAGAACCCAAAGCAGUGUGUCUCGUGUGGGAAGACUUUCCUCAAUAUAUUUGGUCUAAAAAUCCACUACAAGAAUGUUCAUCUGAAACUGAUGCACACUUGCACUGUUGAAGGGUGCGGUGCUUCUUUCCCAUCGAAACGCAGCCGAGACCGUCACAGCUCCAACCUGAACUUGCACAGGAAACUGCUGUCAUCAUCGGAGGAACAAAAUAACUCAAACGAUGCUGAUGACAAUCAAAAUUUCAGAGCUGACAUAAUUCAAAAACUUUACGAAAACCAAAGCCUCGAAGACAGGGAAGCAGACAGUGAAUCUGAAGGUAAACAUUUUGUUAAAACAACUGAGAUGAAUAAGUAUGACAAAGUUGAACAGAAAAAUAUUGAUGAAAAUGAAGAUGUUGACAUGAAAAGUGAAUGUUUAACGGAUAAAGAUAAUAUACAGUCUGAGUCCGAGAAGAAUGGUGACUGUGAAGAAUCUAAGAGCAAUAACAAUACAAAGUUCCGAGAAGACGCGAAAUCUAUUGAGAAAGUAUCCCCCAAUACUCGUAAGACUAGGCGCCAGUUGAGCCAGAAUGACUUGCACAAAAACAUUCUUGUUGGUGAUAAUGCCCUAACUGUGUAACUGAUGAUUUCACGUUUCAACUUUGUUUUUUAUGCAAGGGAGGCAACUCCAAUAUAUUUUGAAAGAUUGGAGUUGGAGUUAGCUCCUUUGACUGAAAACCAAACUUAUACUUCCCACAAAAUUUCAUUCUACAGCAGACCAGCUGUUAGUUGAUUGGCCAAAUUGUGCAAUGUAGUAUUUCAAAGAAGAUUAUUAAUUUAUAGAUUGUAUGCAUAUUUAGAUAUUCGGAUCAAAUUGUUUACAACCUACUUCUCUUAUUGAUUGUUUCAUUAGCAGUGCCUAUUUAUUUACUAAUUAUUAACACCAGGGCUCAGUGAUUUCACAAUUCUUUGGCAUUUAUGCAAUCUUAACAUUUUAUAUAUUUUAAUGAUGUACAUUUGAUGUUUAAUACCUGUAUUUUAUACUAUUUUUCGUUAAUUUAUUUUGAAUCAUAAUUCAAAGUAUUUUUAUAACAAAAAAUAUCUCAUUGGUACAGAAAAUGUCUGCAAAAAUGGUGUAGUAUUAACUAAUGAGCAAACCAUGACAACAAUAUUUAGAAAACACUAACACUAUUAAAAAUAAAAUACAAGGUGUAUAUCCGUAAUAUAUAUAUAUAUAAACAUAUAUAUAUAUAUAUACACUUUUUUUUACAAUAAACCUUAAUGCUAUCUAUAUUAACCUACUUUUCCUUCAUUUACUAUUGGUUUUACUAACAUUUAUAUUGUUAUACACUUUUAUUAACUAAACACUGUGUAAACAGAUCUUAUGUAUAUACCCUGUUGUUGUUGUAACUUUGUUGUACAGGGUUACUCCCAGUCUCCCAUGGCUUUGUUGUUGUUGUUUUAAAAUAGAUGAUAAUAUAUUGUUUUCUUUGAGCAAGAUCAUUCUAGUGCUAAAUAAAGAGACAUCAUUUAUGGUACCUUCUUUUAAGCAUCUAAAAUUAAACACUAAUAUUGUUUGAAUUUAUAUUCGGACUUCCUUAAAAAAUUGUUUGUUUUGGAUAGCCAGACUGACUCAACAUAUCAUUUGAGGUCUUGACUAGAAAUAUUUUGUGCCCCAUUCACCUGAUAGAUAUUCUCGCAAUUCAGUUGUCUUGUAAAAAGACUAUUUAAUAAUAUAGCUGCUCUUUAACAUAUUCUAAAAGAAAUUCUUACUGUAACUGCUUCAUUACUUAUAAGAUAUGGUUUUAUAUGAAUGGCUUCCAUUACUUACAUUCUUUUAUUGUUAUUAUCAUAGAUAUCAAUAGAGCUACAUUUUUUUUAAAGAACUCAUGACAACUUUACAUACCUUUCUACCUAUAUGCACUGUGUUAUGGGUGCAUUAACCCAAACAAACUAUCUUUUAAGGAUGGCUGUAUGACAAUGUGUUUGCCUGCAUGUUCAGAACAACUGUUAAAACUUUGAACUGGUUCUACUGGUUCAACACUGGACAUUAAGUCAGAGUUAUUACUCUUAUUAAUAUUUAAGAUAAAUUUGCAAUAAAUCUAUGCAUAUUUGAAUGAUUUGUAUGAUAUAUUUUAUAUGGGUAGUCCUUCUUCAUAUAAUUAGUGUUUUAUUAGUAUGUUGUUAGUACAAGUAACUGCAACCAUCAUUGUUAUAAGACAAUGUGUGUUGCGCCAGAUGUCACUUUGUUUCUAUGCAAGUUUUAUAAAUGCUAUUUUAAUGGCUGAUAGAACAUUAGAGGUAGCAGUUUUACAUUGUUAAUAAUGUUUUUCGAUAUGUGUUUUUGUGUAAAGCAAUUUUAUAUAGAUUACAUUUAUUUAUUAAUCUUACAUUCGUUGUUUCCUUUGCAAACAGUUUCUGCACGAAUGCACUUUAAGAUUAAGAUGUUAUCGCAUUGUACGGCCACCAGAGAUGUUCAUGAUUUUCUCAUGUUUUCAAAUGCCUCAAAUUAUCUUUUAUUUUGCAUCCAAAAGAAAAAUUGUAUAUGAAUAUGAUACAAGUAUUGUUUAUUUCUAUGUAAAGUAAAUUGUUGCUUGCUAACUUUUGGCUUAUAUGAUUCUUUAACUUUUACCACAGUUUUAUUGCACUGUAUUUCUAGUCAGAAUUGCUAUGCAUUUUUUAGCUUGUGUACAUGUUUUUGUUCAUAAUAUACAUUUUUAAUUCAAAACAGUAUGCAAUCUUUGAUACUUUUUACAUCAUUUUGCGACUCUUAUAUAUCCACAUUGCUGAAGUUGUAUUUGAUGUAUUUGAUAGAAUGUGAACAGUAUGUAUGUAAUCUUUCUUUAUAAAAUACAGUAAAUUACAGUGUGAAACCGUACAAUUAAUAUGAAAAUACACACAAAUAAAUUGGAUGUGCUUUUGUCCACUAUUGAUGAAACAUAAUAAUAUGAGCCUUGUUGUGAGAAAACUGGUCUUAAUGCUUGUGCCUAAAGUCUCAUCCGAGAUUAGCCUGUGUAGUCCGCACAGGCUAAUCAGGGAUGACAUUUUCUGCCUGAACUUGAUUUUUGGUGAGAGGGACUUGCUUGAAACUAAAAAUACCAUAAAAGCGGAAAGUGUUGUCCCUGAUUAGCCUGUGCGGACUGCAUUUUGCCCAAUUUUCACAGAACAAGACACAUAUGUGUCACUCAUAAUGGUUUGAGUUUCUGUUUAAUUGUAUGCAACACUUCAAAUGCUCUAUGCACACGCAGUAGCUAUUUGUAUAAUUAUGCCAGUCUAUAUUUAUUAAUUAUUAAGUUUGUUUGCAUGCUAGGAAAUAGUUAAGAUGUAUGUAGAUGUUAAUGUUACAUUAUGUGAGAGCAAACCAUGUACAGUAAGUUAUAUAGAUGAAUAGAUUAAACUAUAUGAAACGA